UUCAACUUCGGCACGUCUGAGCGCUGCUACAGCGUCGGCAACUGCUUCGACGACAAGGCUUCGUCCGCGACGUGGACCAACGCCCCAUCCGCCGCGUGGUUUGCUUUCUACGACAGUGACGACUGCACCGGGACGCAGUACGUGUCGAAGUCCACUCCAUCCGGCCAGAUCAAGUUCGCAUCCGUGCGCCUCGACAAUAAAGUGUCGUCGUUCAUGCUCUGGGAGUACGGAACCUUCGCGCUCAAGGGGUUCGUAGACAUCUGCGAAGCUACCACCCUACGAAGCGCUAACGCCAGCUCCAACUUGACGAGUCUGGACAGCGAAGGCAGCUCGUCGAACGGAAGUGUU